AUGAGUUUCUCAGUAUCUGAAAAGGACUAUCUUUAUCAAUCUCUCUCCUCAAAGACCCCAAUACGACCAGAUGGAAGAAAAUCACAUCAAUUAAGAGGGAUUGAGGCGUCAAUAAACUUUUUACCAAACUCUAACGGAUCAUCAAGAAUCAGAUUAAGUGAUGGAAGUGAAGUGAUAAUAAGUAUCAAGAGUAAAGUGGUGAAAAUGAGUACUCUUGCAGACUUGAUUGAACUAGACUUGACCAUUGACAAUUUGAGAGACGAUUUGACAUUUAUUUCUGAUUGGACCAAUAUUUUGAGAAAUUCACUUUUAAGAAAUUUCGCAGACAAAUUUGAAUGUUUAAAAUUGACUACCAGGUAUUACUUCAAAUUGUAUGUUGAUGUGUUGUUUUUGAGCAGCUCCUCCAACGCCAGAACCACCAAAACAGAUACAAGUUUUCUACAAAACCCAUUGAGCAUGAUUUCGUUCGGGAUUUAUUUGGCAUUGAAGUCUACAAGGUUACCGUUAUUGAUUUCUAACAGCAAUGAUAAAGAUAUCGAAGAAUUACCGACAUUUAAUGAUGAUUGGUCAUCCACCGUGUUACUUUAUCCCCAAGACGAAGAUGAAGAAAUUAAGGAAAAUAAUACAACUUCCCAAAAUAGUUCUUCCCCUCCAUUGUUAUUUGUAUUGUCGGUAGUGAAAAAUAACUUAUUCAUAGACCCAUCGAUCGAAGAACAGGAAAUUAGUGAUUGUGGGCUAGUUAUUGGAUGGUGCUCCGGGAAAGUGGUGUCUCCAAUAGAAUCUUUGAACUUGAACCAGAGUGGUAGUAGUGAAUACAUCAAGGGGAUGCAUGGUCAGAAUAUUAUUGAAGGUAUCAAGAUGAUUGAGAACGUGGCGGCCACUGUGAGCAAAGGAUUGGAUGAGAUUGUUAAGGAUGGUAAUAACAGUGUGUUUAUGGAUUCUAUAUUCUAG